AUGACCGAGACAUGCUUCAGCAAGUCCCCGCGAAGCGGAAUCAUAAGCGUCCUUCUGACGAUUCCCUCUCAAAAGCCGAUUUCAUUUAGCAUUCUGGUGAAGAUAGUCGGUGAAGCGGACACCACGCCUCGGCCAACGAUUGCGAUCGGCCAAGCGAUAUCGGUUAUUCCCUACGCUGAUAUCCCCCUCACUCUCAAGCACAUCCAACUCCUCGACACCGGUGUUGACCCCACCAAAGUGUACCUUUACUCGCCUAGCAGACGCUUUCAUUGGAAGCACAGCUGCAAUGCCACCGCCACAAUCUUCUCCUUUUUCAACAUCAUUCACGAGGACAUCAUUUACCAUCACACCGACGACAUGAGUCCGAUCACAUUGAAUCUGGUUAAUCUGAAUAACCUCGACGUCGAAUUCAAUGCCGAUCAAAUUGAACACUUUGUUGAAUCAAUAAUCCCGCUCACGGAAUCCAGCCCACUGCUUCAGUACCUACGAGCCGAUUGCCCUGACCACAUUACCUCCGAUGAGAUCCACUUGCAACUUUCGAUUGAUGAGCUAUACACGCAUGUAGUUAGCUCUAAGAGUCCGUUUGUUCGCGCACCAAGUCCUGAGGAGCUCACGAGGGUGCGACCCGGUGAAAUGGGAUUUAUUCUAACCCCCAAGCAUCUCCUAAUGCCUAGCGGGAGUGCGCUGUACAGCCUGGAUUCAAGCAUGUCAGGAGGGCGAGUGAUUAUCGACAUGACAAGUGGUAAUUUGAUAACUCACUUUACCCAGGAGGACGUAAACCGAUUGCGGCUCGCUCUGGUAGUAAUUUCUAACCCCUUGCACACGGGCGUCACCUUCGUGGGACAUCGGCCGGCGAGAAUGGAAACUGCUGUCGAGGUCAAGCUGUCCGUGACUACCCCUGAAUCCGGUGCCAUCAGAAAUGCCACGUAA